GAGUUUCCUCUGCUACUGCCUUGUGUCUGUGAGCUCACAUUUCUGCCUCCUCAGCCUGUGCCGCUCUCUCGUACUCACAGUCUCUCUCACUGAAUCUCACACUCCUCCAGCACCAUGCAAACCUCCAGGCAGUCUACAUACUCUGUGCGCAGCUCCAACAGCAGCCGACCUCCUGCCAUGUCAAUGAGCCGUACCUCUGGUCCUGUCUACAGGGCCUCAUCUAUCCAUGGUGGGGCUGGAGGGGGCCGCAUCAGCAUCUCCUCCAGCAGCAGCACUCGAUUGGGAUCAGGGAUGGGAUCCGGGAUGGGAGUGGGUUCAGGAGCUGGGGGCUUCUCCAGCAACAUCCAGGUGAGCGGGAACAGUGGCCACGUCAUGGGCAAUGAGAAGUUUGCCAUGCAGAACCUGAACGACCGUCUGGCCAACUACCUGGAGACGGUGAGGAACCUGGAGCAGGCCAACCACCAGCUGGAGAUUAAGAUCAAGGAGGCCAUGGCGAAGAGCGGACCCGACUGCAGAGACUACAGCAAGUACCAGGCCGUCCUGGAUGACCUCAGGAAGAAGGUGUUUGAUUCCACCUCUGAUAACGCUCGUCUGGUUCUCAACAUCGACAACGCUCGCCUGGCGGCCGAUGACUUCAGAGUGAAAUACGAGUCUGAGUUGGCUAUCCGCCAGUCUGUGGAGGCGGACAUCAUUGGUCUGAGGAAGCUCAUCGACGACACCAACAUGAGCCGCAUGAACCUGGAGAGCGAGAUUGAAACCCUGAAGGAGGAGCUCAUCCACCUCAAGAAGAACCAUGCAAAUGAAGUUAUGGAGCUCCGUAACCAGAUUGCUCAAUCAGGAGUCCGUGUGGACGUCGACGCUCCCAAAGGACAGGACCUGGCUCAGCUCAUGGCAGAAAUAAGAGCAAAGUACGAGAACAUGGCAAAGAAAAACCAGGAAGAACUCAAAACAUGGCACGAAUCUCAGAUAACAGAAGUGCAGAGCCAGGUAGUCCAGAACACAGAGGCCCUGAAGGGAGCCCACACAGAGGUGAACGACCUGCGUCGACAGAUGCAAACCCUGGAGAUCGAGCUGGAGUCCCAGAGGAGCAUGAAAGGGUCUCUGGAGGGCACGCUGAGGGACACAGAGAUGCGUUACAACAUGGAGAUUGAGGCUCUCAACACCAUCCUCCUGGGUCUGGAAGCCGAGCUCACACAGCUGCGUAACAGCAUCCAGCAGCAGUCGCAGGAAUACCAGGCCCUGCUCAACAUGAAGAUGAAGCUGGAGGCCGAGAUCGCUACAUACAGACGCCUGCUGGAUGGGGAAGACUUCACGCUCCAGGAUGCUUUGGAAGACCAGAAAACCGUGAAUACCAAAGUCAUGACCGUCACACAGACCCUGGUGGACGGGAAGGUGGUUUCCUCCAGCACAGAAACCAAGAACCUUUGAAUACCAGAAGCAACCACAUGACACUCCCAACAAUCACUAACCCUGCAUCAAAACACUAACCUAUGAUUGGCUAAAUGUGAUCUGCUUUCAUCUUACAGCACUAACCGUAAAUGUUGCAUUAGACGCUGCCAUUCUAUUUGACUUUCUGGGUACGCAGCUGUUCCACAGGCCGAUGAAAUCAAAACUGGAUUGGAGGGAAACCACAUCAUCUAUUAUUUAUUUCAUCAUGAUUUAUUUAUGUGUUGUGUGUUGACCUGCAAAGUUUAAAACAAUUGGAAAAAUUAGAGCUUUUUUUUCAAAGACAAACCAAUUGAAGACAUUCAAUAUUUUUAAUUAAUAAAAGAGUCCAAAUAAAUGUAAAACAUUUUUUAUGUCAUCAUCUUUGGUUUUCUUUCUGUCCAGUUUUGUCUGUCUGUUGCGCUGUGAUGUUCAGACAUUUCAAUAAAGUCCAUUGGUGAAAUGUU